CGGUGUUUUUGCUUAGUUGUCUCCAUCGUUCACAGCAGCCCCAGUGACUGGUCUUCGCUCGUUGGUGUGUCAGAGGGCGACGUUGGGCUUAAUACUGUUGCAGAACGACGUCUGUCAUGAGCAGGACGGACCAGGAAACAACAUCUUUCACGCCGGGCGACGAUCCUGUCGACAUACGGCACGGUUCAAUAUCAGCCGCCCCACACGACUUACUCACAGCUGCAGCCAAUGACGCUGCCCUGGAACUCGACCUCGACUGUCUUACCGAACCAGAAACCGCAUUGAACCCCUCGCCCACGAAUCCCUUGUCCCUGGGUGACUCUCGUGACUUGCUUUUUGGCAACAUUGAACACGUUGGAGACCAUGCCAAGGAAGAAGACAGCAUCAACAUGGCCGAGACCGUAGACCCCGCGUCAGACUCGCAGCAAUCCCCUGAGUCUUCACAGGAGUUAAAACGCGUAAAGGUCUACGAACUCAUCGGCUCGCGAUGGGUCGAUCAAGGCACAGCCUAUUGCUUUGGUCAGCUCGAUGAGAGCAAUCAAGCCUUCCUCAUCGCGCGCUCCGAAGCGGACUUUGACAAAAUUAUCCUCUCCACAGCCAUCCGCUCCAAUGACGUCUACCAACGCCAACAAGAUAGUUUAAUUGUGUGGACAGAACCCGAUGGAGCAGACUAUGCAUUAAGCUUCCAGGAUGCAGAUGGAUGUGCAGAGGUCUGGAAUUUUAUUAUCGAAGUGCAACGCCACUUGAAUGCCGAUCAAGGUCUCGGUUCUUCAUCCCCUGCCGGAGAUCAUUCUGCUACUACUGCAACCAUCAUCCGCACUGGUCACUUGCCCUCUCCGCAAUUAGGUAAUAUCCAAGAUAUCGAAGGCGCCAUCAAAGCACUUGCUCGAACCCAAACUAUCAAAGAGAGAAUAUGCGAGUACAUCCAACGCGAGGGAUACAUCAAGGCACUUAUCGACGUCAUGACUAUGGCGGAGGACUUGGAAAGCCUCGAUAAUCUCCAUGCGCUGUGUAGCCUCAUGCAAACUAUUUUGAUGAUGAACGACCACAGCAUUUAUGAGCACAUCCUCGAAGACGAUAUCUUUUUUGGAGUGGUUGGGAUGCUUGAAUAUGAUCCGGAAUUUCCUACGCAUAAAGCAAAUUACCGGGAUUUCCUCCAUAACAACACUCGUUUCCACCAACCUAUCGUCAUUCAGGAUGAAACUAUUCGCAAGAAAGUUCACCACACGUUUCGCCUCCAAUUUCUUAAGGACGUGGUUCUCGCCCGCAUACUCGACGACUCAACUUUCAACGUCCUCAACUCUUGCAUCAUUUUCAACCAAAUUGACAUCAUCAAUCAUGUCCAGCAAGACCCUGUCUUUCUGCAGGAGAUUGUGAGACUGUACGUGAGCGAAGAAGUGCUCGCUGGACCCCGGAAAGAUGGCGAAGAAACUGAUGCUACAGGAUCGCCUAAUGGUGCUGUGGCAAAUGGACGACACCCAUCACAAAUGGCACCCUUCUCCUUCGACCCACCGGGACCCCUGACAGAGAGCGACAAUGCAUUUCGCGGCGAAGUGGUCCUCCUCAUCCAGCAACUAUGUGUGAUGGGAAAGAACAUCCAGCUUCCUGCGCGAAUGGCGCUUUUCCGAACGCUUGUGGACCGGGGGAUAUUGUUCGCGGUGCAAUGGGCAUUCGGACUCAAUGAGAGGGAGAGCACAUCAAAGAUCGUCAUAAAUGCGGCGAGCGAAAUAAUGUCUGCUCUACUGGACCAUGAUCUCCAUGGUAUCCGCAGCCACGUCUUUAAGCAGGCUAUGGCUAUCGAGCGGGAGAGGGAAGCAGAACGGAUCGGUGCUGACAAGGCUGAAACGCUGUUGAAGCUGAUGUGCCGGAUCAUUACUCAGAGUCGUGAUUUAGCAGUGCAAUGUCAGAUCGGAGACGCACUGAAGGCGCUGCUCGACAUUUCACAAAACGCCAUUGGUCCCGGGACAACUCCGUCCGCGCUCGGUGCGAAGUUUUCAGCUCGUCCCAAAGACGAUCCGGGAACUGAGAAGUUUUUGGAUUACUUUUACAAGCACUGCAUAGAAGUCUUAUUCAAGCCAUAUGGAGAUAUACCAGACUUCAGAAAGCAGACAAAUGCAGAACCUAUUUUGAAGCUAUCGCGAGAGAAAACUAACCUUUUCCUCUACUUAUGCGACCUACUAUGCAUUUUUGCGCAGCAACACACAUUCCGGAGUCACUUCUACAUGCUUUCAUCCAACAUCUCUACUCGCGUGGCCGCGCUGCUAAGUGCUCGGGACAAGCAUCUGCGAUUAUCAGCGUUCCGUUUCUUUCGAAUAUGCCUCAAGCUUAAUAACAAGAAUUUCUUGAAUCACCUUACGAAGUUGGACGUCUUCAAGCCUAUCCUGGAUCUGGCGCUGCAAGAGUCGUGUCGAGAUAGUCUGCUGAGCGCAUCUUGUCAGGAGUUUUUCGAGCACAUGCGCAGGGAAAACAUAAAGGACCUUGUCAACCACUGCAUGACAAAGCACGAGACCAUAGUUCGUCAACUUGCUACUACGCCAACUGGGGGCGCAAGAUUCAGCGCCUUCAUUCGCCGAUGGGAGAUUAACAUUGAGCCGCCACCGAAGGAAGAGACUCAGCCCGACCGGGACAUUAGAGAUUCUCGUCGAAUGGGCCGCGCCAUCGACGCAGAGGAAGAAAACUACUUUAAUGAGGAUGAUGAUGAUUCCGACCAACCCCCACCAUUCAUCAGUUCAUCUAGUCAUGGAUCCCGUUCAUCUGCUGUGCUGGGCGCGCUUAGGCGUAAGCGGAGAGGGGCGUUGGUCGCCUCAAAAAUAUCUCUUCGGCCCCAAAAUUUUGUCUUACCCCGUACUCCACAGUUAUCCGCUCUCGUGGACUAUGGCGACGAAGACGAGGAUGCUGAGUCCGCUCAAGAAUCCGUCGUCGCCUCCACCCGCGAGAGCUCGCCCUUAUCCGGUUCGGACAUUCCCCCCAGUCCACGGUUAGCUCAUCGACAGAUAUCACGUCCUUCCAACAUCCCCCGUCGGCGGUCACUGGAGGAAGAUGAGAACCUUCUCGAAUCAAUAACGCGGACAAAGCCCGGGACUGCAUCGCUGCCUGCGGACGCCAGCACAUCGUCCCCAAAACCCUCGUUACAGUUCCCACGGAUUGGUGAGAAGCGGCGAAGAGAAGACGAUGACGAGGAAGGGCUUCUUGAGCGCCUGGCAAGUAAACCCAAGCGGACGGACGUGGGUACUCACAAGGAUGAUGAUACCGUUAGCGGUCGCGCAAAACCUCCCGCCAAGCAAGGUGAUGACCCACCGAAACGAAUCAAGGUUAUGUUCCGUCCUUUGAGCAUUGCCAUAACGCAACAGCCGUCGUCGCCAGUCCCUUCAGAAGCAGCCGCCAAGGAUGGGGAUACGGGUUGACUGUUGCUAGCGGGCAAAUUUUACUAAACCUCUUGAGUUAUUACAGAAACACUUCGGGUGACAUACUACAGUUGUAUCGCGUCGAGUUUGUAUCUCUACGCAUGUUUUUACAAUAGAACUUCGCAAAAUAUCCAUGGAAAAUGGCAUAGAUUGUGUGCCAUGUAUCUAAUUCGAAGAGAUGCG